GGUUCAGUGACAUUUUGUAUUGUAAUCUGGGAGAAAUAUCUUGUUUUUAUUUGUGAACACCUACCAUAUACUAACAUUAAAAAAAAAAGAAUUCCAGGCGUGUGCCUUUGAUAUCAUUUUAGACGCAAUAAUUAGCAAUGACAGACGAAUCCAUUGGAGAAGGAACUUUCGAAUUUGUCGAGAAAAGAGUUGAUGAAGUUUCAAUUUCUGGAGAAACAGUAAAAACUGAUUCUUUGAGCAGUUUAUCAUCAGCUGCGUCAUUAUUAACACCUUUGGGUGUUUCAACUUCAACAGGAAGUCUUUUGUCAAGUAUUGGACCUCCCAGUGUUUUACCAAGUUUUGUUACUAAUUCAUCAUCGUCACAAUUGACAUCAACGUCAAUUUCACCAAAGCAGGAGAAUUUAAUUGUAAAUUCGGAUAAUAAUUUAGCGGAAAAAAAUGCGAGCACCGAAAAUGAAAAGAAAAAUCAGCAAGAUCUACGAAAUCAACCUUCAACAUCAUCUGAUUCUCAAGCGACAGUUAAUGUUCCACUUUUGGAAAAUCAAGCCGUUGUUCUUGGAGCUGGAUUAUUUUCCUGGGUAAAAGAAACUGUUGUUAAUAGCAAUGUUUUAAGUAAAGUUGCCGAAAAAGCGAAAAAUAGUGUCAAUUCAAUGAUCACCACUCUAGAUCCACAAAUGCGAGAAUUCAUCUAUUCUGGUGGUGAUGUAGAUAUAUUCGUGGCAUCGGACAAGGAAGUGAAAGUCAGUUCGAUUCGUGAGGCUUUUCAAACUGUUUUUGGAAAAGCCACAGUAACAGGAAUAUCAGUAACUGUGACAACAGUUGCAUCUCAACCAAUUGGUUUUAAUUCUGCAUUAAAAAGUGCCGAGGAAAGGAUAAGUUUGGCACGUCAAAAUUCAGAAGUAACACAAGAUGCUCCAGUUGUAGCUGUUGAAAAUUUCUUAUUAAAAGUCGAUGAAAAUAAAUGGUACGAUCUUGGCGUUAUACUUUUGGAUGAUCCAAAAAAUAAUGUCAGUUUACAAACAUUUACCCAAAUGACACCAGUGCCAAGUCAAAUUGUAACAAUGGCCGAACAAGCAACACCGCAGGAUUAUCCUCAUAAAGAAUCAGGAUUAGCAAUGACAGUUGGUAAUUUAUUGGCCAACAAUUUGCAGGUUUCUCAUAAUGAGUGGCAUCAUGCAUUAACUGGUGUAUCAAGAAAAGAUGUUAUUCUUUUGGCAGCAAAAUCACUUGCGGGAAUUUAUAAAAAUACAAUAAAUCCUGUAUAAUUAUAAGUAUUGAGUGAAAAUUAAGUUAUCAAAGUUCGAUUUAACACACAUAUAUAUAUAUAAUUAUAAUAAUCGUUUAAUUGUAAAUAUUUAAAUUCCAAAAUCUGAACAAAGAGAACUUAUUAUAAAUCGUGCAAAACUGGCACAAAUUUUUUUAAUCAAAAAAAAAAAAGAAAAGAACUAUGCAAAAUAUCGGUUGAUCUGUAUAAUUGUUAAGCAAAGGAAAAAAAAAAUACGUACCUCCAUACAAUAUUUUUUAUUGUAAAACUGUUUUCUCAUAAUUUCAAUAAAAACUCUUAAGUACAAA